GUUAUAUUAAUGGCUGACAUGUUAAAACGUGGUAUUGGUGUACAUCAUAGUGGUAUAUUACCCAUAUUAAAAGAAGUUGUAGAAAUGUUAUUUGGUAGAGGUCUUGUAAAGAUCUUAUUUUCAACAGAAACAUUUGCAAUGGGUGUUAAUAUGCCAGCUAGAACUGUGAUAUUUGAUUCUAUAAGGAAACAUGAUGGAACCAACUUUCGGAACUUAUUACCAGGAGAAUAUAUACAGAUGGCAGGACGAGCUGGUAGACGUGGUCUAGAUACUACUGGUACAGUUAUUAUAUUAUGUAAAGGAGAUGUUCCUGAAGCUUCUGAACUACAUCUUAUGAUGUUGGUGAGUCAUCGCAAUCAUACUUAA